CUUCCUCUGCCCCUCCUCCUCUUCCCCUCCACUGUCAUUCCAAGAGAUCCGACGGACCCCCUGCAACCCAACCGGAGCGCCAGACACACGUGACUGAGCUCCACUCCAUAAAGGACCGCCAUGAAUCUGGCCGCAGGAUGGGGACUGGUCAGCGCUCUGCUGGUCCUCAGAGUCCAGGCCGAUGUCCCGGCAGAAGAACUGUCCGAGAACCAGAACCAGAUGGUCCGGCUGGUGAUGGAGAAGUUCCAUGAGAAAGAUCUAAUGAACAGAUACAGGAUGACGUCCGUAGUGAAGGCCGAGGAGGAGGUGUACAAUGCCAGGAUAUUCGUCAAUGUGGAGUUUCUGGUGAAACAGACGUCAUGCCGCAAACAUGACUGGAGCAAACCGGACUGCAAGGUUGUAAAAAACGCAAGGACCUAUAACUGCUUUGGUUGUUACAAGUUUGAAUACGACUCUCACUCUGUUAUAUCUAAGGUUGAAGAAUGCAUCCUGACACGACACUUAAGGGCGGGGCGUCAGACUCUGAGGAAGUAUCGGUGUAAGGAGGUGGAGAACGCUGGGAAGAUGCACCCGGGGAUGUACAGCACGUUUAGUAGGCAUUGAGAGGCUCCAGUCUAGAGGUUGGAUGAGAAGAUCCCGUAUGCCCCUCCCCCGUCCUCCUCCUAUAAUCCUCUGUAUCUGUAUAUAGUAUAAGAGAACCUCCCUAUGAAUAUUGGGGUCAUAGUCCAUAGCAGAGUGUGAUGUACGGAAGGGUCACCCUAUUGUGGGGUGGGAAUCAGAGAGGUGACAAUGAGGCCACCAGAGAUCCAUCUUUGUGUCUAUGGAGAGCUGAGAUCAGCCGCCCCACCCCCUAUAUCCUAUCCCCCACCUCCUCUGGGAGUGUCUAAUUACUGUCUGUGCUGGCCCAGCUACACUCCUCUCUCCCCUCACAUCCCUACAUACCAUUUAUGUAGCUGUCGAGGAGGAUUAAAAGGAAUAUUACAUCACGUCACAUCCAAGAUGGUGGCACCCAGUAACUCAUGACUUUUGGAUGUCUACACAAGAGAGAUAAGCAACAGGAAUAAAUGACCCGACAUGCAGAUAUAAUCCUAUGGGAAGAGGUGUGGUCUGGUGAUGGGGGGUCUCUGACUACUGUGAAGAAUAGGGAUGAGUGCUCUGGAUUCGGGAUCAGCAAUCUCUGCAGUCUCUGAUCGUCUCCUGUAUUAUGUCUGCAGUCUCUGAUCAUCU